ACACACAACACAUUUGGUUUAUUGUGGGUUUGUCCGAGGUUCUCAUGGAAACCCUUUCUGUCAAGCAUUUUUUCUUGUAUGCCUAAGAAAGUAAUUCUAUGAAAUUCUGAAAAUGUCUGGAACGGAUUUUCCUCCAGAAAGAAACGACAGCCUACUUUUUGAAAAUGGAACAUUCCUCAGAAUCGCCCCAACGUCCAUAUCAACCGCUGUGGACUCCUCUGAACAUAUGGAAAAUGUCUACAUAUAUGUUUCUGUCUUUUUAAGCCUGUUGGCGUUUCUCCUUCUGCUGCUUGUCAUUGCCCUCCAUAGACUCAAGAACAUCAUUACUUCCAGCUCGACUUACCCAGAAUGCACCAAUGAAGGAGGAAGCUCCUUUACCAACCUGGAGAUUUGUAGCCUGUCCUCUCAGAGAUCUGUUGUGUCUUCUGUCUCCCCAUGAACACACUCAUUGAAUAUUAAUGUUUUGCAAUGUAUAUAUGUAUUCUUAUCACUAAAGUUUAAAGAAAUUGAGGUGUGUUGAGAUGCCUUGUCCUUGCAUUAAACUACAGGUAAACACACUUAACCAUGCGUCAGCUCUAUCAGAAAGUGAUCUGCACUAAUUCUGUACAGUAAUAGCUUCCGGUUAAUGCUUUUUUUUGUUUGUUUGUUUUACAUCCCUGUACCUUUU